AUGGACGACGCGACGACGGAGCUCACCGAGCGCUUCGAGCGCUACUGCAACACCAAAGACGGCGAGCUGCCCUCGGACGUGCUCGCGGAACUGCAGUCGAUGCUGCGGCUGUACUCGCUGUCUGCCGAGGCGCUGGACUUCAAAUGGCAGGCGUACAGCAUCAAGAUGGGCGCAGAGGGCGACAGGAUGGAGCUGAAGACGGUCCGCGACUUCAAGAAGACGAUUCAGGACUCGCUGGAGCGCGAGAGCAGAGGAAAGGCGCAGCAGCGGACCGAGAUCAAGAAAGAGCGUCCCACGCCGCGGGCAAAGGGCGGCGACGUGUACGACGUGAUCGAGGGCCUGUUGCCAAACACACCGCGCGCGCACGGCAGCGCAGCCAAGCGCAAGAGCAACUUUGACUCACCCGCUGGCAGGCCGAACACGGCGCAUCUCGCGAGCUCGCCGGCGGGACUGCGCACUGCAGCCAACGGCGACAUCACCUUUGACUUUGCGAGCCGCGCCCACGCAAACGACAUCACCGAGCAGUUUAUGAGCAGCGACAUGGCCCUCCCCGCCCCGCCCUCGGAGCCGCCCGGCGCGCCGCGCAUGAAGCUAAAGGCCAACACCGACAUGUCCAAGUUCUCGUACCGCACCAUGACGAUGAAGCUGUCCGAGGCGUCGGAGGUGCUCGACGACCGGAUAGACGAGUUCCGCCAGCUGCUGCAGGAGUCGAUGGACGUGGACGACAGCGCGUUCGGGAACCCCAGCGUGUCGUCGCCCAACGAGAUCAUCGCCGUGGGCCGCAUAGCCAGCGACGCCAGCGAAGGCAGGCUCAACACGGCCUCGCUCGUCCUCGAAGGCUCGCGUCGGUUCGGCUCCGGCCGCCGCGUGCCGCUGAAAAUCGACGCCCUCUCCUCGUACAACUUCUUCCCCGGCCAGAUUGUCGCCCUGCGCGGCACAAACGCGAGCGGUGACGUCUUCGUCGUGUCAGAGCGCCUCGCCCUCCCGCUGCUCAACCCGCCCGCCACCAAGCCCGCGGACCUCGACGAGAUCCACACGCGCUAUCUCGACACGCCAGACGCGGACCCAGACGCGGCCCGGCCGCUGACCAUGAUGAUCGCCGCCGGCCCCUACACGACCGACCAGAACCUCGACUUUGCCCCCCUGCACACCUUCCUCGACAACGCCGCGGCCGCCUACGCCGACACGGUGAUCCUGCUCGGCCCCUUCCUCGACGCCGAACACCCGCAGAUCCGCUCCGGCGACUUUGACCCCCCGCCCACGGCGACCCCAGACCAGGCGACAAUGGCCGAUCUGUUCCGGCACCAUGUGUCCAGCGCGCUGCAGGACUUUGCGCGCAGAAACGCAACGUGCAACGUCAUCCUCGUCCCGAGUCUGAGGGACGCACACCACCACAGCCCCGCCUUCCCGCAGGACAAGUUUGUAAAGCGGGACCUCGGCCUCGGCGGCGCAGGCAAGAUGGUGCACUGCGUGACGAAUCCCAUGACGCUGAGCAUGAACGAAAUCACCGUCGGCAUGUCGAGCGUCGAUAUGCUGUCCAUGCUGCGCCAGGAGGAGAUCAGCGGGGGGAAAGCGCGAGGUGUUAACCUCUACGAGCGCGGGGCGCGGAAUGUGCUCGAGCAGCGCAGCUUCUUGCCCGUGUUUCCCCCGCUGAGCAGGGAGAAGUGGACUCGCCCUGUGGACGUGGAGAUGAAGCCCGUCCAGACCGACGCGCAGGUGGAUGCAGACGAAGAACCGAGCCCGUUCCUGCCCCUCGGCACUCCGCUGGAUAUCUCGUAUCUCAAGCUCGGCGAGAUGCUCAACGUCCGCCCCGAUAUUCUCAUCUCCCCCAGCGCGCUGCAGGGCACUGUCAAGGUCGUCGAAUCGGUCGUCCUCAUCAACCCGGGCACACUGGCCAAGCGGCGCGCCGCGGGCUCGUACGCGCGCGUCAUCGUCCAGCCCGCAAGGGUCACCCAGGAGGAGAGAGAGAGGGGUGUUGCGGUUGCGCAUCGUGUCUGGGAGCGGUGCAGGGUUGACAUCGUGAGGGUGUAG